AUGACCAUGAGCGGCACCGCGGAGGAGGCGUUGCGGCGGGAGUACGUGAUCGGCGAGGAGAUCGGGCGCGGGCGGUUCGGGACGGUCCGCCGCUGCUACGCCGCCGCCACGGGGGAGCCGUUCGCGCUCAAGACGACGCCCAAGGCGGCGCUGCGGGAGCUGGAGGCGGACCCGCUGGACCUGGCGCUGGCGGAGCAGGAGCCCAAGGUACACCUCCUGGCGUCGGCCGCCAGUCGCCACGUGGUCGCGCUCCACGCCGCCUUCGAGGACGCCGACGCCGUGCACCUGGUGCUGGACCUCUGCCCCGGCGGGGACCUGUUCGCGCUCGUCUCGGCACGGGGCCCGCUCCCGGAGCCCGAGGCGGCGGGCCUCGUCGCGCAGCUCGCGGACGCGCUCGCGGGGUGCCACCGCCGCGGGGUCGCGCACCGCGACGUCAAGCCCGACAACCUCCUCUUCGACGCCAGCGGCGCGCUCAGGCUCGGGGACUUCGGCUCCGCGGACUGGUUCGGGGACGGCAGGCCCUUGACGGGGCUGGUCGGGACGCCCUACUACGUCGCGCCCGAGGUGGUGGCCGGCAAGGAGUACACCGAGAAGGUGGACGUGUGGAGCGCCGGGGUCGUGCUCUACAUGAUGCUCUCCGGGACCGUGCCUUUCUCCGGCGCCACCGCGGGGGACAUCUUCCAGGCCGUGCUCCGCGGCAACGUGCGAUUCCCGCCGCGCGCCUUCGCCGCCGUCUCGCCCGAGGCCAAGGACCUCAUGCGCCGCAUGCUCUGCAAGGACGUCUGGCGCAGGCUCUCCGCCGAGCAAGUCCUAAGGCACCCAUGGAUUGUGACUCGCGGCGGAAGUGUGGCGGUGAACUGA